CAGUUUGCGAGUACCGGCCACAGUUGAAGUUAAUAGCACAAUUGCGAAGGUUUGUUAGUCGCAAUCGUGCACACGGUCCAUGCGAAAGUGUAAAAGUCACAAAUUGCAGCUAAUUAGUGGACAAAAUAAAUAAACGUGCAUGCGUAUAAGCCGGCCAACAGUUCGCUUAUAAAAAAAAACGUGCCAAAUUCAUUGAUAAUUCGACCACGAGAUGAGAAAAAAGUGCAAAAUUUCGCGCGUUGAAAAAAAUAAUAAUAAUAAAUCAAACUAAAAUUAUUUUGCAAAAUUUUUGAAAAUUGUUUUUUUUUUUAUUGCGAACAAAAUUGUGACAAUUUAUGCGCAUGCGAAUAUACCGUAUGUUUUGGUGUUAUGAAAGAAUAUGUUAAAUCUCAAUAAAUAUUUUUGCAAAAAACAAAAUUUGUAAUUUUGAAAAAAAAAAUUUAAAUAAAACGUAGUUGAAAGAAAACUCAACAUUAUAAAACAAUAAUAAUAAAAAUAUUUCAUAAAAUAAAAAUGUUUGAACCCGCUCUCAUGCCAUAUUCCGAUUAUAAUAUUGGGCAGCGCCUGCAAGGGCCCAACACUGACACAAAGUGUUGUAAAAUUUGCAAAAAACUACCGGAACGUAAGAAGCGCAGUCGCGCAACUAAACAAAUCAUGUCGAACAACAACAACAACACCAUACAACAACCGCUGGGCGCACCUCCCGCACCCGGUGCGCUUCAUAUAAGGCUGUCAAUUACCGCAACGGAGCUGCCAGUUUCCGCCGGUGCUCAGGACAACAGCGCCCACAAAACAGAAGACAACGCACCAAUUAUUGAUGUUGGCAACAUUGCGCGAAGCCGCCGCCUGACAUUGCGUCGCCUAUGCGCUGUGCUGCUAAUCUGUACGCUUUUCACCGCUGCGGAGGGUUGUGGUCCGGGUCGAGGUAUUGGUGGGCCGCGUAAAUAUCGCAAAUUGACGCCGCUGGUUUUCAAGCAGCACGUUCCKAAUAUGUCCGAGCGCACGUUGGGCGCUUCCGGUCUCAACGAGGGCCCCAUUAAGAAAAAUUCACCGAAAUUUAAAGACUUAGUGCCGAACUACAAUAGCGAUAUUAUAUUUAAGGAUGAUGAAGGCACCGGCGCUGAUCGCCUGAUGUCAAGGCGCUGCAAAGAAAAACUCAAUGUACUCGCUGUUUCUGUGAUGAAUCAAUGGCCGCGCGUGCGUUUGCGCGUUAUCGAAAGUUGGGAUGAGGAUAAUGCGCACCACGCCGACUCUUUACACUAUGARGGGCGUGCCGUUGAUAUAACAACAUCCGAUCGUGAUACCAGUAAAUAUGGCAUGUUGGCGCGUUUGGCGGUCGAAGCYGGUUUCGAUUGGGUCUACUAUGAGAGUCGGGCGCAUAUACAUUGCUCAGUGAAGUCGGAUUCACAGCAGCUACCACACGUGAGCGGUUGCUUUGCGGCCGACAGCAGCGUACUACUCGAGAAUGGACAACGCAAAAUGUUGCGCGACUUGAAUAUCGGCGAACGUGUGCUCACUAUGGAUGCGGCGGGUCAACCCGUCUACAGCGAGGUGAUACUCUUCUUGGAUCGCAAUUUGGAGCAAGUGGAGAAUUUUGUGCAGAUACAUACAGUUGGUGGCGCCACGUUGACUGUGACGCCGGCACAUUUAGUAUUAGUUUGGCAUCCGACCGAACAUCGACUGGAGUAUAUGUUCGCCGAUCGUGUGCAGGACAAUGAUUAUGUGCUGGUGCACGAUCAAUAUGGCCGUUUGAGUCCACAGCGGGUGCAGCGUUUGAAGGUAGCGCAUCGACCGGGUGUGGURGCGCCACUCACACGCACCGGUACAAUAGUCGUCGAUUCGGUGACAGCUUCUUGCUAUGCGGUGGUGAAUAGCCAAAAGUUGGCACAUUGGGGCUUAGCGCCCAUGCGUCUGUUGGCRUCUAUGCGUGCGUGGCUUCCCGACAGCAAUGAUGUAACGUCGGUGCAAGCGAAGAGUGUCGCUGGCAAUUCGACAGUGUCUGCGACGACGCGAACGAAGGGUAUACAUUGGUAUGCGCGAUUUUUGUAUGCCAUUAAGGAUAUGGUGUUGCCGAAGGAGUGGCGUUACCAAUGACCUGGUGGACGCUUAGCUUAAACUGUUGGUUAUAUGUAAGAUGUGAUGGAAAGGUUUCGAUGACAUUUAGGCCUAACGGCUGCUUCGUCCACUCGCGAAGUGUCGUCGUUAUAUUAAAAAUUAACACUUAUUAAGUACUUUAUUGGAAAAAUUGUUGACCCCACAUGCUUAUUAAAUAGUUUAUUGAUUAAUUAGCUGAUAAGUAGGAAAUCUUUUAAUUAUUUUAUUUAAACAACCAAGUAACUAAUGUGUGAAAGGAUUGCAGUGUUAUGUCAUGCAAAAAUAAUUAGUUUUUAAUUGCAAAUUAAACUAACUAUUUACUGGUAUUUAACUUAUUCGUGUAUGUAUGUGUGUGUGUGUGUGUGYRURYAUAUAUAUAUAUAUAUAAAUAGCGAUUUAUAAAUUUAGUUUUAAGCAGCCAAAAGAGCAAAGAUUCCAAUGUUAUUGAAAAAAGGUAUAAUACAAUUGAAC